AUAAACCAAUUGUCAAUCAUCAUUCGUUGUUUUCGUGUGCGUACAGACCAGAAAUUGCUUUAUCUUAGAAAGUUAGUGCACGAUAAGAUCGCGAUCUAACAGAACAACUUGCCCUUUAUAAAGACACUUGAAUUGAAGCUUUCGAACCCACGGACCUCUCUCUCUCUCUCUCUCUCUCUCUCCACGAAUUUGGCAUUUCUUGUGUUUUGUAAGAGAGGCUCGAAAUGGCCUGCACUUAUAAGACAACUCUCAUGUUGACCAUAAUUUGCUUUAUCCUAAUAACACAUGAGCUGGAGAUAUGUAGUGCCCGUCAUUCCACGCUUGGCGCCAAAAUGAUAGAUUGCAAGGGCAAGUGUAAUUACAGGUGUAGCAAGACAUCUCGGCAUAAGAUGUGCAUAAGGGCAUGCAAUACAUGUUGCAGCAGGUGCAACUGCGUGCCUCCAGGGACCUCUGGCAACUACGAGGUGUGCCCUUGCUAUUGGCAUAUGACAACUCAUGGUGGUCGUCGCAAGUGUCCUUAAAAUAACAUACAAAAUUAACGUUAUUGCUCUACUCAAAAGGAUCGAAGUGUAUAUAUAUAUGCCAUGGAUAUAUAGCAGAAGGCCGAAUAAUACCACCCUGGAGGAGACACAAGAAGGAUGUUAAACAGGAGUUUGAUACAAGUAUGUUCUAAAAUAUGUGUGGAGAGGUCCAAGGCAGACGCAAGUUUGUCAAGUUCUUGGUCAUAUCCUAUAUUUGUUUGUCAA